GCGUCACUUCCGUUGCGAUCAUUGUGGGCGUUCCGUUACUGAGUCCCGGGUUUGGAUCUACUAGCAAGAAGAAAGUGCAGACCGUCACCUGCAAUCCCACUUUAUUCCGGUUUUAAUCCAGUUUAAUUACGAAAAAAUGUUGAAAGAGCUAGUGAAAGAACGCCUAAUGGUGGCAGCCGAUGAAAUAUUCGCGCUCUUUGAAAGAACAAUGGCGUCGUACGAGGAAGAACUUUCUCGAACGAGAGAGGAGAAGGAGCAACAUCUUCAACAACUGGAAGCUUUCAGCCAGAUUCGCUUGAUGUUACAAGAUGGAGGGCUGGAAAACACUACCUCCUCUGCAUGCAUUUGAUUGGAAUGAUGACACAGUCCACUAUACUCAAACAGCUGGAUGAAGUUGUAUUGAGUGCUGUCGUGGUCUUGUCCAGUCCAGCAAGUGGGGAAAAUGUUGAAAAACAUUUUAAAAACCUACAAACAAUUCUCACCUCUACUGUGCAGCCUGUCAUCGAUGACACUACAGAGGAGGACUUUGUGGUUGAAUCGAGUCCAACACCAUUCGAUGAGCACUUUAGGGAGGUUGAAUCGAGUCCAACACCAUUCGAUGAACACUUUAGGGAGAGAUUAUCUGAGGAUGAGAAGCACUGUGUUUGGGAAAAAUGAAUGGGGGAGAGUCAGCUGGAGAGGACUGACCAUGGAGCACCCAGUGCAGUGUGAUACAUGUAGUUGUUGGGUCAUCGUCACCAUGAUGGCGAAAGCAGUGAUUGAGGCAUAUCCAUCAUUGCCACAAAUGUCCUUUAACACAUUGAAGACAGAGAUCGCCUUACAGAGGAGGAAGUUUGCCCUGGAUUUGCUGAAUGGUACAGUGCUUGACCCUGACAGCAUUUGUGCACUGUGCUCUGCCUCAAAACCACCUGGAACAGGGCCACCAAUUACUAAUUGGAUCCAGUGCAACAGCUGUGAGAGGUGGUUUCAUGAACAGUGUCUGAAUUUUGGCAGAGGCAAAUCCAAAAACCAAGGGCAGGAACAUGGAACUGCGACUUGUGCAAAUAGCACACACACUCAUUGUGUCGCAACAUCCAACUGGUUGCUAAUCGCGGAGAAUGUCCCCCUCAACCGCAGACGGAACCUCAGCCCCCCCACAUUAAAGAGGAAGAAGAGGAACUUUGGAUCACCCAGGAGGGAGAGUGUCUUUUAGGGUCGGGGGAGGCUGAUCCCGCCGAGUUGCCACAGACUGUUGUCCCUGUGAAGACUGAAGACCAUGAAGACAAACUACCUGCGUCCUCAGAGCUUUAUCGCAAAGGGGCGGUGCCUCCAAGCAGCAGCUCACCACAACACAUGACAACAGAAGCUGAUGGAGACCGCCGUGGAGGAUCACAAUCAGACCACCUCUUAGCGCCACUAUCAGAUUGGGAGGACACAACAUCACAGGAUACUGCCCUGGACAACACCCACAAACCUUUGCGCAGCGAUACAAAGGGGGAUGAACACUCUGAACGCUCCAACAAGAUGACUGGUAAAAAGAAAAUUGUCUGCUCAAUUUGCAAUAAAAGACUAGCUCGAAUAAAGGAUUUGGUUCAUCACCAAAGAAAACACACAAAACCGGAGCGUUUUAGUUGUUCAGUAUGUGGCAAAAUCUAUUGUUACAAAUCUGUUUUGACUCGACACAUGCAGACGCACAACGUAGGAAAAACUUUCAGUUGUUCGGUGUGCAUUAGAACGUUCCCCCUUGAGUCAGCAAUGGUAGCACACAUGGCAAAGCAUACAGGCGAUACAGCCUAUGAGUGCUCGGUUUGCUCUAAAGGCUUUUUGUAUAGGAGUGAUUUGAUUCAACACAUGGAAAUACACAAAGGAGACAAACCUUUUCCAUGCCCUGUUUGCGGAAAAAGAUUUUUUCGCAAUUCCGUUUUGUCGUCACACAUGAGAACACACACUGAGGCACCCAUUUAGUUGAUCUAAAAACUACCAAAAGGGGGGUCGGUCGAUUGCCAAGCAUCGCAAAAAAAUACAUAUUUCUGUAUUUUUCAGAUUAUAAAUCGCUCCGGAGUAUAAAUCGCACCGGCCGAAAAUGCAUAAUAAAGAAGGAAAAAAACAUAUGUAAGUCGCACUGGAGUAUAAGUCGCAUUUUUGGGGGAAAUUUAUUUGAUAAAAUCCGACACCAAGAAUAGACAUUUGAAAGGCAAUUUAAAAUAAAGAAUAGUGAAGAACAGGCUGAAUAGGUGUUCGUUAUAUGACGAUUGCCGUUUUCUGCUGCACGUUUCACUACUUCCAGCUUGUAACUUGGAGUACAUGAUUACCUUUUCGGUGCCAUUUUUUGUUCAGCCCUUCUCAGUUUUUAUAAGUUACCGCCAAUGUUGAAAUGAUCCAUUUUCAUAGGUACGGAAGUAAUAGCUCGUGACAUCUUUUUUUUCACAAUGCACUUCUGCCAUGACCCGCCCCCGCCUAAUUUUUAUUGGUUGACGUGUGUGUGUGUGACAAUUGCUGAUAUACGCCUAGUCUCUUAUGGGAAUGAGAUAAAUAACCUUAUUUGAUAUUUUACGAUAUUGCGUUAAUAAUUUCACACAUAAAUCGCUCCAGAGUAUAAAUUGCACCCCCGGCCAAACUAUGAAAAAAACUGCGACUUGUAAUCCGAAAAAUACGGGGAAAACAUCCAAGGGUUUUGUGAGAUGACCACGGACUGGUGUGAGCUUAGCAUGAAGAACAAAAAAACGAAUGGCAAAUGAAAACAACACUGAUAUUGGAGUUUUUCCUCACUUUCCUUGUUUUGAAAUACACAAGUGUAUAGUGUUGUCAUUAAAACAGUGUUUGUGUUUUGCAAAUGUUUGAUAUAAUAAAACUGAAAAAAGAACUGGAAAACAUUUAUAUUUUUCUGGUGUAAUCCUGCUGAAUGAGAAGUUGCGGUGUACAUGCAUACAGAGUAUAAGUUACAAUUACAUCAUUAUUAGUAAAUGACACCUUGAUCCACUGUAGUCAGUGUAAAGCGUGUAUAACAGUGUCAAAUCACUGUGGCCUCACAACAAAAACACAUCCGUUAAUGUCUAAGCCGUGAGUGCAGGUAAGCAUGAGGGCAAAAAAAAAAAGGUAAGACAAAGAUUAGAAUAUUUAACAGAAAUGUGAAGUCAGUCCUACUCCCAACAAAAUCCAGUCGUUGGUCAACACUUGUCUGCGACAAAUCCUCCAGAGCCACUGGCCCAAAAGAUUUGUGGCAACUGUUAGGUUCAAACACUGAUGACAUCUAUUAAACAAGAAAAAAGGCAAAUAAUCAAACAGAGACAGAAUUAAAUUUGGACUCAGAUCUGAGGAGAGACAUGGCAACUGUAGUAUCUGUACAGUUCUACACCACGCUCUGCCAAAAGAUUGUACUCCUCCUUUACUUGACUUUCUCCCCCCUCCUGCCCACUGCUGCUUCCUGAGGGAAGUGAGUCGUAAACAGCGUUGCCUUCGGUUACCGAACAGUUCGAAAAGAGUUUGUGAAAUAGUUCAAAAAGAGUCCCCAUAAAAUUAUUCAAAGAGAGUCCCAUAAAAUAGUUCAAAGAGAGUUCCACAAAGUAGUUCAAAAAGAGUUUGUAAAAUACUUCAAAAAGAGUUCCUCUGGAGGUUGGGCAGAUCCUGCCAUCUGUCCGCUUUGAAGUCCCGGUGGAGUUUUACGAGCCUUCUUCUUGGUUGGUUUCAAAGACAGCCUUUUGUCUUCUUGUCAGGAACACAAUGUAAUACAAAGUUUUUUGUGAUAAUUUGAAACAAUUAUUCUAAAAGCAACGCACCAACCAAAAACCAGCAGAAGAAGACACCCUCAAACAGCUUUGGAGAUGGAUAGGCCAUACUCUUCAUAAAGCACCCUCAAGUGGAACCCCCAAGGGAAUGCUUAGAGAACUCUUGUACUGUAGACGGCCUAAGCCCCAGAGGGGUAAUAGGUGAAGGUAAAGUAACUAAGUGGUUUUAUUUUGGCUUUAUCUUUAACUGACAUGAAAUAAUGUGAAAAUGUUUAUUCCUCCAAAUAAUCACAUUCUGUUGUUUAUUAUGUUUGGAGUUGCCAUACAUGGCUCCAGACAAACUGUGUACUCGUACUAUUUUAAGUGUCACCCUUAAGCAUAUAUAUUUUAACUGCAGGGGGGUAGGCUGUGGUGACUUCAUGUGUUAGAUUUAUGACAUUUGUUUAUUGUAUUAGACAUGGAUCCGAAAUAAAACAAAUAUUUGUUUUAACCUCUUAA